AAACAAAGUUGUCGACCGUGCAAUGCACACGGGGAGGGAUUUUAUUUAUCUCGAGAGGCUCUUAGUCCAGCACCGGUCUGCUGGGAUGUGAGUGUAACGGCGCACCGGUUUCCCCUCAUUUCCUUCUCUGUCUCCCAACUUCUCCGCUACUAUUUCACCGAGUCCCCGAGCGGAUUUCUCCUUUGAAAACGGGAAUGAUAAAAGCAGCCGAGCGCAGGCGGAUGGACGGACGGGCUGAGGAGUCUGGCGAGUUGCGUUUUCUGUUGCCUGAGCUGAAGUUGAUCAUGUCGGUUUAAAUUUUUUUCCGAGCACAUUUCACUCCGAGAUGAAUGGCAGAAGUCGGGUGAGUCGACUAUCUGUGCACAAACGGAUUUAUUUUCUUGUCUACACUGGACCCCACAUGAAGUGGUGAUCGCCCGCAUCCUGCUGAACCUCUCCGCUUUUCUUUUUCUUUUCUUUUUUUUUUUUUUUUAAUGAAAACAGAAAAUUCAAACGGACACACACUCACACACAUCGCACUGGAUAACCACGAUACAAAACCCACUUUGCUGAAAUACAUUUCAGUCAGUUUAACUAACAGGGAAGAUGCAGAUGUGGAGCCACAUGAGGGUCCACAAAGGAGGCCCUCCACGACCAUAGGUCACGCAGAAGUGUCCUGGAUGUAUGUUUCUCCUGUUUCCUGCCUGGGUUGAAUUGAACUAUUCGUAAUUGUCUAAUAAUCCAAUGGAUUCUUGCUCACCACAGCCUACCUGUGCCUGUGGAUUUUCCACAUGAGGGCAAGCCAGAUGACUCAGAGGACUUUAGUCAUGUAACCACCCUGAAAUGUCUUAGAGGUCUUAUUUAUCUGAUCUGUAUUUAUUGUGUGUAUAUAUAAGGGGUCCAUUUGUAGCUUUGAGCUAGUUUCAAGAUCAGUGUUUUUGUUUUUUGUUUAAAUUUCUUAUUAUAGAAUUUGAAAGCUGACAUUUCAACUGUUGUAGUGAAAGCUGUAGAUCUACUUGAACAUCUUUGUUCUGCUGUACAUCUGCCCACACUGUAUUUGAGCACAUUAAUCUGUAACUUAAAAGGAGAAGCUGUAAGAGUUGACUUUGCCCAGACAGGUUUAAAAAAACAAAACAAGAAGGCUUCAUCAUGGACAGGCCCAUAAGCAAGUUAUUGGAGAAGUUAAAGCUAACAGACUCGGGCAGUGUGAAAUUCAACAGUUCAAAGAAAAAACAUGACACUGCCAACAACUCUAAUAACAGCAACGCCAACACUGGCAUCUCCGGAGGCAGCGGUGGGGGCAGCGGUCUGCCACCAGCUCCCAGCUCUGCAGCUGCCUCGCCCUCAAGACCCGGCCAGUUCCCGCUUGCCUCUGCAACCACAAGCGAUGCAUGUGUUCCAGUGAGUGGGAGGGGAGGAGGAGGUGGAGGAGGUGCAGCAGCAGCAGCAGCAGCAGCAGGAGGAGGAGGAGGAGGGAUGGGAAUGCCUUCCUCUCAGCUCCUCACCCCACCACAGACUUCCUCCACAGUGGGUGCCAUACCUUCAGAUGGUGAGCAACCACUUCACCCUGCCACCCUGGCACCGCUGAGGCGUCGCUCGCCCCAACAGCGAGCUUCAUGUUACCUGGGGGAAGGUGUGGAUUCCCACAUGAGGCGUGAGUCUGGUCUGGGCCCCGAGUGUGACCCUCUGGGGGCAUUUGGCUCCAAGUCCCUCAAUCAACGGCGUUACUCCCUGGAGCUGCAGCAGCUGGUCAGACGACAGCAGCUCCUCUCCCAGCCACCUCCUCUCUCUGUCCCUCCGCCAUAUCCCGCCGCUACGGGCUAUGGGUCAGCUCCCAGAGGUGGUGCAGGCAGCCUGGCCGAGUCUGGCUACCUCUCCGAGCCUGAGAGGCACAAGCGUCUCUCUCUGCAGGAGGCUCUGUUCUACAAACGCCUGAGCACAGGCAGUGAACUGUGGGAGAGCACCAGGCCUGCAUCCCUCUCUCAUCCACCACAUCGCCCAUCUGAUGUGAGCGGAGGAGGUGUAGGAGGGAGCUUCUUUUACCCCCCAGGGCCAACUGUGAGCCCAUGCUCAUCAUUCAGCCUCCAGGAGUCAGUGCUGGUCAGUCCCCGGUCCAGCUUUGCCUCCAGCACAGCAAGUGGGGGUGGAGGAGGGAGCCCCAUGGGGAGCCGCUGUAGCAGCAACCGGACCAGCGGCAUCAGUCUGGGCUACGACUCUCGCUACUCUGCCUCUGGAGGCCUCCCUCCACAGCAGCAGUCCUCCUCCAUGCAGACCGGGGGCUCUGUGGCUGGUUAUGGCGCUCCAGGCAGGGCCGGGGUGACCCCUGUGGACGCCUGGACUCAGUACCUGGAGGGAGGUAUGCGUCCAGGGCCCCAUGAUAGUCGACACUCCUACCCACCUGCUGUUGGAAGUCCUGGAGCAGCUUGCUAUCAGGGUGGCCCAGAGUGGUGGGAUGAGCAGCAGGUGGGAUUGAGAAGCAAAGAGGGGGGUGCGAUGGGAGAGAGGGCCCGCUACUCAGACCUGCCUGGCACCCGAUAUCAGGAAGAGCUCACUCGACUUCUGCUGAGAGAUGCAGCUCUAGAAGGUGAGGGGCUCCUGGAGGGCCUGAUGCUGAAGGAGCAGUCCCUAGCCCUGACUGGUUUUUCUAAACCGAGCGUGACAUCACUUGGGCCCUCCACAGCUGGAGCACCGGUCACGAUCAAACCUCAGGAGGAUCCAGGAGCCGGAGCUGGAAGAGAGGCCGCGGAGAACCGCCAAGAGUUCUUCGGAACCUGUGUGAAGUGUGGGAAAGGCGUGUACGGGGCGGAUAAUGCCUGCCAGGCUCUGGACAACCUCUAUCACACACGCUGCUUCACCUGUGUGUCCUGUGGACGCACCCUGAGAAACAAGAACUUUUACAAUGUCAGUGGCUCUGUGUACUGUAAAGAGGAUUAUAUGUUUUCAGGAUUCCAGGCUGCUGCUGAGAAGUGUAGUGUGUGUGGCCACCUUAUCCUCGAGCAGAUCCUGCAGGCUCUUGGGAACUCGUACCAUCCCGGAUGUUUCCGCUGUGUGGUCUGCUCCAAGGCUCUGGACGGGGUCCCUUUCACCGUGGACCAACACAGCAACAUCUACUGCGUGGCAGACUACAACAAGACUUUUGCCCCCAGGUGUGCUGCCUGUUUACAGCCCAUCUUACCUACUGAGGGCAGUGAAGAGAUCCUCAGGGUCGUGUCCAUGAACAAGGACUAUCACUUUGAGUGCUACCACUGCGAGGAGUGUGGCAAGCAGCUCUCCGAUAAGCCCGGCUCGCAGUGCUUCCCGCUGGACUCUCAUCUCCUGUGCCACUCCUGUCACAUGAGCAGAGUGCGCGCCACACACAACAUUCCCCCUCACAACACACACUGAUCAGCUCCCAUGCAGCUAUGGAUAUUUAGGGGCGGGGGGGGGACAAGCUGGUUGGAACAUGCUCUCUUGUGCUUUUUGCUCAGUCAUACGUUGUUUUAUUCCAUUUGAAACUGCUGAUGUUAAGACAUUUCCACUGAUUCUCUUGUCUUUGACAUGGAUCAGUCCCUUUUGUCACACGUACUGCCUGCUGUACUUUUUGUACUAUUACUGUACCAUAGUUAUAAGGGAACGGGAAAGAAACUACUGCUUUUUUUUCUUUUUUUUUUAUUUACCCCAGUGUGGCUACUGUUUGCUGUAGAAGAACAAGGGAUUUUGCUAAACUGUUUUGUACAUACAUUAUCGCUAGCAAACAUUUUGCACUUAAAUUUACUGUAAGAGAUUUGUUACGUGAAUCUGUACAAAUUGGGGGAAAAAAAAACAUUACUGCAAUUUCUGUAUGUUGUAAUAAAUAUUUUCAUUUUUGUCCCGA